AUGGCAGACGCUCGUGACUCGCAAGAAGCAUUGGCCUCGUUCAUGAACAUCACCGGUGCCGACUCUGGUAGCGCAUUGCAGUUCCUAGAGCUCACCAAUUGGCAGCUAGAUGAAGCGGUCAAUCUGUACAUGGAGAGCGGGGGUCAGAGCGCUUCAAUGGCGUUUGCAGCUCCGCAUCAAGCUGCACCAAGUCCCAGCGCUACUUUCAGUCCUCCUUCAGCCCCGAUAUCGGACAUGGACGCAGCUACAGCUGCUGCCAUUGCAGCAGCCUACGGAGAAGAUGAGAAUGCUGUUCGCGCGCCUGAUCCGUCCAAGCGACAGCGUCUCGUGGGCGCGGAGAUGAACCUGUUGCGACCGAUGCGCCACGUGCGCGACCAGAAUCGCGACUUUGCGGCUGAGAGCAUCGCGGCAUUGACUGGUAGCAGCAUUUCGACGGCCUUUGGAGACCCCGGCGCAGUGGCAUUUGGAGAAGCUACGAACAGCUCACACAAUGCAGACGGUGCCGAGCGCACACGUGACUUGAGCACGCUGUUUCAGCCACCGACGGCUAUCAUGUUUCAGGGGACUUACGCCGAUGCUCGUACUCAUGCAAAGAACGAGGGAAAGUGGCUCAUGGUGAACAUCCAGGACGAGAUCGUCUUCGCAAGCCACAUGCUUAAUCGUGACACGUGGAGUGACGACGUGGUGCAAAAUCUUGUGGCAAGCGGCUUUGUGUUCUGGCAGAACUACUGGGCGUCGGACCAUGGCAAAAAGUUUUGUAGCCUCUACCAGAUUGAUCGUGACUCGCUUCCGACUGUCGUGGUCAUUCACCCGCGGACAGGAGAAAUCCGACAGCGAUGGACGGGGUUUCUUGAGCCGCAGGACAUGACUGAAAAAUUGUCGGAUUUCUGCUGUAUGCAAACGCUUAAUGUGCCGCCGAGUGAAGAAAAGAAGGAGGUUGAUACUAACAUCAUGGAUGCAUCAGAAGAUGAUCAACUGGCUGCUGCAAUCGCUGCGUCGAUGCAGGGUAAUAACGGCGACAGUGACGAAGGCGAAAUGAAGCAAACGGCAGACGCCUUAGACCAUGAAAAAAAACAUGAAGAGGAGACGAUACAGGAGCCGGUUGUGGCCUUAACCCCAGAGCCCGAUGCUGGAUCGCCCAACGUUACCCGAGUACAGAUCCGUGUGCCCGAUGGUUCUCGCUUAACGCGGCGCUUCCUGAAGACCGAUCCACUAGCUAUGGUGUGGUCGUUUGUGAAGAACAAGGUCCCGGAGGCUCGAGGACGUGCAUUUGAACUGCGCACUGCGUUCCCACUCAGCGCGGUGGCCUACAAUGAUACGUUAUCCAUUGAAGAGGGUAAGCUCGAGAACGCAUCACUGAUGGUUCGAUGGCUGUGA